AUGGCUUUUGAUCAUUCGCGGUCUCGCCCCGCAAGGGACCACUUUUAUCCAUCGGGCUGGAUUCCAAUCGAACAUUUUCCCAUUGCUACAGUACGCUGCCUGCCACGCCGCAUGCCCGACAUUUUUGCGCAGCCAAGCAGUCCACUGUGGCUUGCCAUUUUCCUCGUUUCUGGACGCUUUACAGAUACCAAUGGUUUCUUCAUAUUCAUGCCUGAUGCGUUUCUCAUCUUGAUGAGAGGAAGCGCGCCCCAGCGAUCGGCUUUCCUGCGGGCCAUCAACUCUGGCAGGACCCCACGAUGUCAAGCGCCCUUCAGGCUUGCUGCCCGCGGCGCCAACAGUCAGAUUGAGUCCCAAGAGAUUUUCUUAGACUCUAUCCCUUACAGACUGCUUUCCGAUAUUUUCUGCCCACCUGUAACCUCAAUGCAACCCAAGAAAGAAUCCCAGGCCUUCCGUGAUACCGCACAUGCCAAAGACGCCAAAUCAAAGUCACAUCUUUCCAAAGUCACACUACAGCUGCACCUUGACCUCGGCGCGCUCAUCCUCUCACCGACCGACCGGCCAGUCAAUAGAGAAAAACUCCGCGGGUUCACCCAUUGCGAUGCAAUAUCUCCACCGCAGCUGCAUUACGUUUCCACUCGGGACCGCCUCUUUUUGCCUGACAGCUCUUCCGAAUCAUCCGCCUUGGUAUAUGGAAAUGGGCUUCGUUAA